GGGACGUCGUCCACUUUCAUACUCUGAUGUUCGUCAUGACCUGCUGACAUCACCAUCUCACCUCGCUGCCCUCCUUUCAUCUAGAGGUUUCCUGCAAAAUGGCCCCGACCGACUGGCUGUGGUUGUUGUUGUUGAGGCUGACGCUCCUUUUCACUUCCUGUUUCGUGUCGGAGUCGGUCUCAACAACAUCCUUCCCGAAAGACCUGGAGCCUCUCAGUGUGGUCAACUCAGAACAGUCGUACCUGUAUCCAGGAUUUCAAGGUUUGCUUCAGGACAACGACACUCUGCGUCUGGGACUAGAUUUUCAGAGAAUGUUACGGAUCAAUCAUAUGCUGUACAUUGCAGCCAGGGAUCACGUGUUUGCUGUGAACCUGACGGCGGCUUCAGAGGAGUUUGUCCCGCAGCUGAAGCUGACAUGGAAGUCCACGGACGUCAGCAAGUGCACGGUCAGAGGAAAGAACAGCGAUGAGUGCUACAAUUAUGUGAAAGUGCUCGUGCCCCGGAAUGAUGAGAGUCUCUUUGCCUGUGGUACCAAUGCUUUCAACCCAACCUGUCGAAACUACAAGAUGACUUCUUUGGAGCAAGUUGGGGAGGAAGUGGUCGGUCAGGCUCGAUGUCCGUUUGAGUCCAAUCAGUCCAACGUUGGCUUGUUUGCUGGAGGAGACUUCUAUUCAGCCACCAUGACGGACUUCCUAGCCAGCGAUGCCGUCAUCUACAGAAGCCUAGGCGAAGGCCGACCUGUGCUCAGGACCGUUAAAUACGACUCCAAGUGGCUCCGAGAGCCUCACUUCCUGCACGCCAUCGACUAUGGUAACUACGUCUACUUUUUCCUGAGUGAGAUCGCAGUGGAAUAUACAGCCCUGGGCAAGGUUGUAUUUUCUCGAGUUGCCCGAGUCUGUAAGAAUGAUAACGGAGGAUCCCCUCGAGUUCUGGACAGAUACUGGACUUCCUUCCUGAAGGCACGAUUGAACUGCUCAGUUCCUGGAGACUCGUUCUUCUACUUCGAUGUUCUUCAGUCUCUCACCAAUGUCCUGCAGAUCAAUCAGAGACCUGCAGUCAUCGGGGUCUUCACCACUCAGGCCAACAGUAUCCCAGGCUCGGCGGUUUGCACCUUUUACAUGGACGACAUCGAAAAGGUCUUCAAUGGAAAGUUCAAAGAGCAGAGGACCAGCGACUCAUCCUGGACUCCAGUACCAGACGAGAAUGUUCCCAGACCGAGGCCUGGUACUUGUGCAGGUGAUGGUCAAGCUUCAAAUUACAAAUCUUCAGUGCAGUUUCCAGAUGAGAUGUUGUCCUUCAUCAAGUCGUAUCCCCUCAUGGACGAAGCUGUACCCUCAGCCAACGAUCAGCCCUGCUUCACUCGGACCUCCAGCAGGUCCAAGUUGACCCAGAUUGUGGUGGAUGUUUCAGCCGGCCCUCACAAGGACCGGACGGUGAUGUUCCUCGGCUCAGACGACGGACGAGUCCUCAAAGUGUUGGCUAGCACACAUCCAAAUGACAGCUUUGGGUCCAAACUUCUGGAGGACAUUGACGUCUACAACCCUUCAAAGUGCAAUGUUCAGGGUCAGGAGGACAGGAGGGUUCUGGGCUUGGAGCUGGAUAAAGACCAUCAUGCGUUGUUUGUAGCGUUCACCAGCUGUGUCAUUCGAGUACCGCUCAGCCGCUGCACCCAGCACGGAUCCUGUAAAAAAGCCUGCCUGGCCUCCCGUGAUCCUUACUGCAUCUGGCUUCGCACCGGGAGCUGUGCCAACAUGGCGCCGGGCUUCAAGGCAGGGUUCGAGCAGGACAUCGAAGGUGACCAUCUGUUUUACGCCAACAGCUGCCACCCUGAUGUGCUGGCGACUACACGGAACCAGGACUCCGCAGUUGACUCUGCUUACGGCAUUCGUCAUCUCCCUGAAACAGACCAGCGUACCGCCGCUAACGUCCACUACACUUUGCUGAUUGCCUGUGUGCUGGUGGCAUUUCUUCUGGGGGCCAUCUUGUCUGGUUUCCUGGUGUCGUGUUACUGCAGCCGCAGCGCCGACCACCGGGCAAAGAGGUUGGGAAAAGAUCCCGAGGCGUCGCUGCCUCACGCGCUGUCGCUGCGAUCCCUCGCCAAGCUGAACGGGCUGCUGGAAGGACAGCCGAAGGACGAAAAGCUGGAUGUAUCGACGCCCAAAAUGUACAGCUCCUUCAUCCCCAACGGGCGCGCUGAGCCCCAUCUGCACACCCCCAGACACCAGGGUCUGCAGGUGGGAGACCCUGACCUCAACCUCUCCCAGUCUCUGUCUCAGGGUGAUGGAGAGCUCUCUGGCCUGCCGACGCCUGACUCCACCCCGGAGCUUCCCAUUAAGAGUAUGAGGGCCCUGAGGCAUCAUCAGUACGAGAAAAACCAAAACUGCAACAAUGCCAAGGAGAACAAGUCAGGGCCCAGCUGCUCGGCGUCCACUCAGGGUUUCAUGGCUGUGGUGGGGAACUCUUUAAGUCCGCAAGUGUUUCCCUUUUCUCAUCAAAAUGGCAACAGUUUGAGCAACGGAGCAGCCCACGGAGCAGGUGCCUCUUCGACCUCGUUGCACCUCCCUGAGGAGAGGAGGAUCUCAAACGAUGAGCAUGCAGCAGCGGCAGGAGGAGGAGGCAGUGGAGUUUCACAUCACCACUCCCAGCAGUCCCUGCCCCAGACAGUGGUGGAUGUGUCGGCGCUGGACGAGCUGCUCAAACACAUCCACGAGGUCAGCGCGUCGGGAACCGGGGGCAUCAAGGUCCUCACGUCCACCUCCUCGUCCUCUCUGUUUCCUGGACCGUCGACCUCUGGAGGACAUCAUCAUAGUCACCAUAACCCCCACCAUCAUAACAAUCACCACAGCCAGACGCGCACGCACCACUACAACCACAGCCAUCACCAUAGCAACCACCACAACAGCAAUGGCAGCAGUCACCAUCACCAGCAGCCGAUCCCAGAAACAGAAUCCACUUCUUACUACAGCACCUGCACGCUGCCGAGGGACGGCCUCCCCAAACAUCUGGACGCAGCUCCUCAAAACUCCACCUCCUCCUCUGCCACAUCCUCGUCUUCAUCCUCCUCGUCCUCCAACAACCCCACCUCCUCCACCUCCAUCCCUUCGUCGUCAUCCUCCUCUUCCUCGACUCCCCUCCAGCAGCAGGUGAUCCCGGAGCGACCCGAAGGGGGCGGAGUCUCUGUGGCACGUCAUCAAUCUCAGCGCCACUCCCUCAUCAAGAUGGGCGCGUCGGGCGGAGCUGUCCCCCGCCAUCACAGCUUCAACCAGCGGGGGACACACGCACACUUUCUGGCCAGGAUGAACACCAACAGCAGCAGCAACGGCCCCCCAGGCGCCACUGCGAUGGCCAACACAAACACCAGCAACAACAACGAGAGCCAGAGAGCAUCAAUCGCCAGCACCUGCCUCACACGGCAGCACAGUUACAGCGAAGGGCCUCACGUGCAACGGGCGGCGGUUGUACGGAGAACUGUGUCGCUAAAACCGCAAGUCCCGCCAAAGCCACUUUUUCUGCCAAAUACAGCCACAUCAUCAGUAACAGAAGCAGGAAAAUACAACUACUAAGACUAUAGGUGGAAGGGGCGCAACAACCGCCAUGGAGGAAAUCCUCCAAAAUGUCUGUCGGGCCUGGGGAAAAUGGCUAAAUGAGAGCACUAACGGGCCCAAAAGACAAAGAAAAAAAACACUGCUGUCCUUUUGACUUAUCACAGCCUUGCAGUUGUAUUUUCGUCAUGCUGCUGAGAGAAUGCCAUCGGCUGCCUCUCUGAGGCGCGAACCAGGCCACAGACCCGAACCUGUUCCUUUGCAGGACGUGAUUCCUUACGGAGACUUCCCUUUCACAGAAAACCGGGGAUCAAAUCGAGCUCAGACACGAAACAUCUGAGAAACGGUUCAUAAGUGGGGCGAA